AUGACUCGCGGAAACCAGCGCGACGUGGACCGCGAACGCGCGCAGCGGAGGAACCAGAAGGCGGUCAAAAACUCCACGAUUAAGGACGCGGACAAGAACCUUUCUGUCGUCUGCGACAUCUGCAAACAGAGUUUCAUGUGUACGGUGAAAAAACCGACGCUCGAUCAGCAUGUGGAAAGCCGGCACCCAAAGAACUCGUUCAAGGACUGCUUUCCGAAGUGGGAAACAUAG